UUUUGGUUAUAAAACUUACAGUAAAAUCUUAGUGAAUCAACCAUUGCUUGCCCUCUCAUCUACACAGAAUAUCUUGUGUUAGAAGCUGUCGCUGAUAAAGCAGUAACAAUUUAAAAACAGAUAAAACAAGGAGUAUAAUUUUCAUUUAACAAGAUUACUCACCUAAAUGCUGGAAUUCCUCAAGAUCUUGGCCUAAAGUCAGACAAUUUCAAUAAAGAAGCUUUAGCUUCAUGCUUAAUUGGUGGCAAUGAAAGAAGCCGGAUGAUUUCCUCAUCUGGUGCAAUAGAUAGAGCUGAAUACUAUUAAAGCCAUUUCAGUCAUCGAGCAAUUGGAGCAUAUACAGACAUCCAAGGGGUCGAUAAAUUAUGAGAGAAGUCAAAUCCUUUAUCGAAAAGCGGGAUGGAGUUAACGUAGGCGAGAAUAAUAUCUUUCUUACUAAUGGAGCAACUGAAGGAAUCACAUUCAUGUUAAACCUCUUCAUUAAAGAUGAGAAUAAUAACAUAAUGAUCCCCAUUCUACAAUAUCCCAUAUAUUCAGCACUUAUUACCAAGUUUGAUGAAACCCAAGUUCCUUAUUAUCUUGAUGAAAGUAAAGGAUGGGGGAUGUCUUUCGAAGAGCUCGAGAGAUCUUAUGCUGAAGUCACUGAUAAAGGAAUCAACGUAAGAUCAAUGGUGGUCAUUAACCUAAGUAAUCCUACAGAGCAAAUUCUCGCACAAGAAGACUUAAACAAAGUGAUUCAGUUUACUCAUGGCAAGUAAAUUUUGUGUUGGCUGAUGAAGUCUACCAAAGAAGUAUCUAUGUUGAUAAGGAAUUUUGUUCAGCUAGAAAAGCUCUUAAAGAGCUUGGUAGUCCAUAUGAAAAUGAUGUUGAACUUGCUUCAUUUCAUUCACUAUCGAAGGGGCUUCAUGGAGAGUGUGGCUUCAGAGGAGGUUUCUUGGAACUUCACAAUAUUGAUAGUAUUGUCAACUUAGAGAUGUAUAAAUUUAAAGCAGUAACAUCAUUAGGAAAUAUAACUGAGCAUAUCAGAGUUGGAUUAAUGAUCAAUCCUCCUACAAAAAAUACCGUUUCAAAAGAAGUCUUUG